CACCCUCUCCCCUUCCAGAGCGGGCCCUGGCGGCUCAGGCGCGGCCGCCGGGGAGGCAGGCAAAGACGCCAGGGCUCUGGCCAGUGUGCUGGGGUCCUCUCGGUGGGGGGUCAGGCCUCCUGGAGCUCAGGGGUCCCCGAGCCUCCCUCCGUGCGUUUGGGGUGGGGCCCUCUGCCGCCGGGCCCGGCUGUAUCCCAGCUCCUUGGCCAGAGGCAGCAGCCGUGGACUUGUGAAUUGUGGAAGAAGCCCUCAGGACCCUGGGGAUCCUAGGAGGAGCCUCGGAGCCAACCCCUGAGGGACCCUCUGCAGCCCCUUCCCCUCCUUUGUCUUUGGCAGAUGAUCACCUGAUAUCCUGUCUCCCCCCGGGUCAGACCGCCCACCCCCUCGCUGGAAGGAGUCUGGUUCCUGUCAUCUGGGUACUUGGCUACAGUGCCCCGCCUCUCUGACCCUGUAGACAAGGUGAGCGUCUCCCCGAGGGGCCCUUCCCCUCCCCCGCGGGCGGACGCUGCCAGCGCUUAUGUAAAGAGGUCACGGCCUGCUCCGCCGCCGCCGCCGGGCGCACGCGGCUUCCUGCACAGGUGUGGCGGCUGCGGGCGGGGAUGUGCGUGGAGCAGCCUGGCGGGCCUCCUUCUCCCGGGCGGCUCCGCUUCUCCUUCGCGCUGCUCGUUCCUUCUCCUCGUCUGCAUGUGUGACAGCGGUGUGCGGGCUGGGGAAGGACAGCGCGCCCUGUCCCCAGCUCCCCGCAGCGCUGGGGGGGCUCCCCGCUCCCGGGUGAUGCGCUGUCUGCGCCUCGCCGCCGCGCUCCUCGGGCCUGGCUGUGGCCAGGCGCGGACGCCGCCGGACCGCGCAGUCUGGAGGGACUGUGAAGCGCUGGCCGGCGUCGGGGCCCUUGCCCCGGGGUCGGGCGGGAGCCGGCGGACGGGAGCCAGAUGGAGGCGGCGAGAGGGGGCGCGGAGUAGCGGGCGGCCCCCCGGGCUCGCACCUCCCGCGGCGCCGUGGCGCUCCGCGGGCACUGGGGCGCGGCGGGCGGGGCCCCCGGGGCUGCCAUGGAGGUGCCUAACGUCAAGGACUUCCAGUGGAAGCGCCUGGCGCCGCUGCCCAGCCGCCGGGUCUACUGCUCCCUGCUGGAGACCGGGGGGCAGGUCUAUGCCAUCGGGGGAUGUGACGACAACGGCAUCCCCAUGGACUGCUUUGAGGUCUACUCCCCCGAGGCCGACCAGUGGACCGCCCUGCCCCCCCUGCCCACCGCCCGGGCCGGGGUGGCCGUCACCGCCCUGGGGAAGCGGAUCAUGGUGAUCGGGGGUGUGGGCACCAAUCAGCUGCCCCUGAAGGUCGUGGAGAUGUACAACAUCGAUGAGGGCAAGUGGAAGAAGAGGAGCGUGCUGCGUGAGGCCGCCAUGGGCAUUUCUGUCACGGCCAAAGAUUACCGAGUGUAUGCGGUAGGCGGGAUGGGCCUGGACCUCCGUCCGCACAACCACCUCCAACACUAUGACAUGCUCAAGGACAUGUGGGUGUCACUAGCACCCAUGCCCACCCCGAGAUAUGCUGCCACCUCCUUCCUCCGAGGCUCCAAGAUCUAUGUGCUAGGGGGACGGCAGUCCAAGUAUGCAGUCAACGCCUUUGAGGUUUUUGACAUCGAGACUCGCUCCUGGACCAAGUUCCCCAACAUUCCCUGUAAGCGGGCCUUCUCCAGCUUUGUGACCCUGGAUGACCGCUUGUACAGCCUGGGAGGCCUGAGGCAGGGUCGGCUCUACCGGCAGCCCAAGUUCCUCCGGACGAUGGACGUGUUCGACAUGGAACAAGGGGGAUGGCUGAAGAUGGAACGCUCGUUCUUCCUCAGGAAGCGGCGGGCAGACUUUGUGGCCGGUGCUCUGAGUGGACGGGUCAUAGUGGCCGGAGGACUUGGGAACCAGCCCACUGUCCUGGAGACAGCAGAGGCGCUCCACCCCGGGAGGAACAAGUGGGAGGCCCUCCCCACCAUGCCCACGCCCCGCUGCGCCUGCUCCAGCAUUGUCGUCAAGAACUGCCUCCUGGCUGUGGGGGGCGUCAACCAGGGUCUGAGCGACGCAGUGGAAGCCCUGUGUGUCUCUGACUCCUAGCUCUCAGCACAGCGCCUGUGCCCCGGACCGGAUCAGCCCACUCUCCACAAGAGGAAUGGUCUCGUCAAAGCAGUGUGGGCGACUUCCCAGGAUGCCAGCUCCUGUCAGCAGCUAGUGGGGUCAGGCCCCGGGGUUCUGAGGGACCUCCCUCCGCCUCCAAACCCUACCCAUCCCAGGAAACCAUGCGAAGUCCCAGGGACUCAGCCAGCCUCCAGCUGGAGGCCAGCUGAACUCUGAGGAGAGUCCCCCCUUCCUGCUCAGGCAGAGAAAGACACAGGAGUACUGGCUACCUCCCCUUCCUGUGAGUUCCACCUCCCCCCGUGUCCAGGGUAGGGGGUGGGCAGGGCCGAAGACAGCUGCUAUCACUGUCCUCUCCCCAGCUCUGAACUAGUUUGAGGGUCCCUCGGGAUGGAAAACGGAGAAGGUUCGCAAGGAGUCCCAAACCCCUCGCUUCUCCCUUGGUCUACAUCCCUUCCCCAUUUGGUGGUCAGCCGUGGGCCUGCCCUAGCCCUCGUCCCCUCAGCAAGAAUUGGCCUUGGAGUCAGGUUCACGGGGACUGGUCCAGGUCAGUAGCCUCGGCCAGGAAGGACCCGUGCCUCUCGGGUCCUCGACGGGAAAGUGACGAUGGAGAAGCAGCAGACGCCCAGCCCAGGCUCUGCUUCCCGCUCCUCCCCUCGCUCACUUUCUCCUUCCGCCACCCUCCCCCCUCGCCCUUUUGUCACCCACGGCCCCAGCGCAUUUCUGGGCAAAACCUUCUCAUGUACACUGUGGCAUCCAAAUCCACGAAGGAUGGAUUAACUGCACUCUGGUUAACAGCAGCAGCACAACAAUUAAAAUCUAUAUUCCUA